AUGCGAUCCACGACAUCACGGAAAACGGGAAGACGCACCAGAUCGCCGUCUCCCCUCGCGCCUCCGCCUCCUCCCACAGCAGGCGAUCCCUUGGCAGAGAACGUGGAUGCUUCUUCUUCCAUGCCAUUGAGUUCGGAGCGCCCCAGUGUCGGUCUCUCACCCAACCUGGUGCAUCGAGACCAUCAAAUCUUCCGCAACGAUGGCUCCCGGGAGACCCACGUGGUCGAAAACGCCGUCUCGAUAUCGUCAGGAAAUGACGAUGUCGCAGACGAAGGGCGAAAUAACGCCUCGCUUGCUGAAGCUUUGGAAUCCCACAGCCCGUUCAAUCGUCAUCGGGCUUUUUAUGCCGGGGACCCGCAGGGUGUUGUCCAAUCCGUCAUGGCUAUCUGUGCCGAUCAAGACCCGGAGCCGCAAGGGAUCAGACCUGUUGUGCAUCAUCAACGCAACGCGCCCAAGCCGAAGAAGGCGUGGCAGACCAACGACCUCAUCUACCUCCAGAGCAAGGGAGUCUUUGACCUGCCCUCUGCAGAGGUCUGUGAUGCCUUGGUCCAGAAGUACUUUGAGCACGUCCACCCUCUGCUGCCUGUUAUUGACGCCGGCCACUUCUUGUCUCAAUAUGCCCGCAACGGGGCGACGGCCAUGAAUCUGCUCCUACUGUGGAGUGUUCUCCUUGCUGCUGCAAACUUUGCCACUCCGGAAGAUUUGCAGACGGCGGGUUAUCCUUCGAGGAAAGCGAUGAAGCGUGCACUCUACGCCAGGGCCAAGGCAUUGUACGACAGCGACUACGAGGACGACAAGGUGUGCGUGGUCCAAUCCGUGACGCUGCUGGGCUUCUGGUACUCGGAUCCCGAAGACCGAAGUGGGCCGUGGCACUGGAUGGGCAUCGCCAUCGGUCUUUGUCAAGUCAUGGGACUCUACUGCACGCCGCGGUCGGGCUCACUGAGUCCAUAUGCCACUCUUCGGUCACGUCUCUUCCGCCGGAUCUGGUGGUCGUGCUUCAUGAGAGACCGUUGGCUGUGCCUGGGCCUGGGACGGCCGAUGCGCAUCAACCUCGAGGACUGUCAGGUGCAAAUGCCCGAGCCCGACGACAUCACCAUGGAGCUGAGCGACCUGGACCCGGACGUCGCCGCCAAGUACCUCCCUGCCGCGAUGCCAGAGCACGCGGAAAUCUGGGUGCGGCUGAUCCAUCUGAGUGUGGUCCUGGGUAAGAUCCUCCGGCAAAACACACGACCGCCUUUCGACCAUGAUUGCUUUCGGUCGUGCGAGACCGACUUGGAAAACUGCCGGUCAUCGGCACGAGGUCUGGACCAUCAGAACGAAUUUUCCGUGGCGUCCUUGAACGAGUUCCAAUUUGAACUUCUGAGACAAGCGGUCAUCAUCGUGCUACAUCGGUCGAGGAUCAAUUUCCGAGAUCCGCCCGACAGCGUCAAAACACCUGAACGGGUAGAGUCAUUCCGCAAGGCUCGCUCGGCGGCGGUCCGAAUCAAUCGCCUCGUCGAAAUGUUGAUCGAACAGGACAUGGUCCAGUAUUUGAGGCCGAUGAAGUUGACCCUGACGGGCGGGCGGACGCACCGCAGCCUCACGGCCAUCAUCACGGCCAUGCAGAUUCAUCUCUACGAGUGCCGGUCCAGCCGACCGCUGAUCCACAACCUGGCCUGGUCCAAGCUAGAAGUGUGCAUGAUGGUCGUGUCGGAGCUACGCGAGACGUACUGGGGGGCCAACUUUGCCUUUAAGCUCUUUGAGGCGGCAAAGGCCAUGUUGCAGAAGCGGUCCCAUCACCAACAUCACAGUGGCGGCAGCGGUGUACCGGGGGGAUCGUCACCGACAACGACCACGACCGCCACGAGACAAAAGACCGCCGACAAUAACAACGGCGACGAUGACGAGACGACUUUGAAUACGGACGGCUUGCUGGACGAGGGAGACGCGCUGGAUUGGUUCAACGACCCAUUCCUCUCGGCCGGCCCGUGGCCCAUGGACACGUCUGCCUUUGACUUUGGCGAGUCCUACAUGAAUCCUCUAUACAAUGGCAUCAGCGAUCUUCAGCCCGCCACAGCCUCUGCCGCCACGGCCGCCGACCCUUGGAGCCUCGACGGGUUCCAGCACGUGCUCGACGCAUCCUUUGGUAUGGACGCUUAG